ACAAUGUUUUGAGUUUUCCUUUUUGAGCAAAGGCUGUUUGAUGCUAAAUCAUCUCUGAGCUAUGCAAAUCUUCAUUGUGGGCCCGGAACGCACCAUACGUCAAGUAAAUUACGUCACUGAAAACACUUCCUGGUUACUUUGUUAUAUGUUCGUGGACAAUCUGCGCCUGAGUCAGGAAUGACUGGAGUUAGAAAUUGGUUUGGACCAGUUCGUUUAGCUUUCACUCUACUAGGUCUUCCAGGAAUCAGUACCAAUUACAGAACCAUCACAACCAACGCUUCUAGUCUCUGUGUGUCUAGUACCAUUACCAUGCAUUCCCUAGCACUUCAUAUAAAAUCAAGAUGCCCACAGUACCCAGGCUCAAAUGUCCAGCGCUACCCAGUCCCAGAUGACAAGGUGGACUGGACAACAAGCUGGUCCCAAUACACCCCUGCGAGCUACACUGCCCCCUGUGUAGCCAAAAAACCAAAUUGGGCUGAUCCUGAGAUUGGGUUAUUCUCCCCACAGUUUAACACUCUGGAUGGGUCUGUGGACAGAAUGAGUCAUGAGGGAGACUACCCAGUGGAAGAAGGCAAGCCAUUAAAUCCUCAUGGUCGAACUGGUUUGAUAGAAAGAGGUUUACUAGGAAGAUGGGGACCAAAUCAUGCUGCAGAUCCCAUUGUUACAAGGUGGAAGAGGGACCCUGCUGGACAGCAAGUGUCUCAUCCUGUGACCAAACUGCCAGUACUACAGUUUGUGUCCAUCAAGAGGAAAGACUCUGGAGAGUGGGCCAUUCCUGGGGGCAUGGUGGACCCUGGGGAGUUGGUGUCUUAUACCCUACAGCGUGAGUUCUCUGAGGAGGCUCUCAACUCCUUGGCAGCCUCUCCAGCAGAGAGAAAGCAAAUCUACCAAAGCAUCUCACAACUUUUUAGCUUGCAUGGUUUACAGGUAUACAAAGGUUAUGUUGAUGACCCAAGAAACACUGACAAUUCUUGGAUGGAGACUGUUGCUGUCAACUUCCAUGAUGAAACAGGUAACAGUGUGAGUGAGAUUCCACUCCAAGCAGGUGAUGAUGCAGGCCAAGUUCAUUGGAUUGAAAUUGACUCCGCCCUUCCCCUCUAUGCAAGCCACUCCCAUUUUCUAGAGCUGGUUACCAAGACAAGACAUGCCCACUGGUAACCAGGGAAACACUGCAUUGUAUGUGUAUGGUCAGAGCCGCCCCAAGGCAUAAGCGAACUAAGCGGCUGUUUAGGGCCCCCAAGAGCACAUGAAAUUAGAGCUUAAUUAAAAAAUCAUAUAUUAUCUUAAUGGUAAUUAUACAAAUUCGCAAUAUUAAAUUCAAUAUUAUGUUGACCGGCCGGCAAGCAAGCUUAUACUACUGGUUUAAUAAAUUAUCUUGGGGGGGCCUGUCUUUGUGUACAGUAAAUGCAUUGUCUGCUGGUUUAAUUAGCUACUUUUCAGUACACCACAUUAAGUACACCACUUAGUACUCUAAGACUUUGAAUACUUCAAGUGCAAAUCAACACCUGCCCACUCUUGUGGGUUUGCUUCUGUUAAAAUAAAAAACCGUCUAAGGGUAAAAACAUACCAGGUAAACAUUGGUAUGAUGUAAGCAACACAACUAAUAAAAAUUCUAAUUAGUGCAUUAGAUUAAUAGUGUGCGAAUAAUCAAGCAUUAAGAAUAAUCAAUUGUAUUGGCGUCACUAAAUAAAUUCCCUGUGUAUGGUACUACUCUUCACACUACUGAUCUUGGCAAGUAUGUUAGGUUAAUUGAAUUGAUAAGCAACCUACUAUGUGCUUGUGUGACAUGUACAGUAAUAUUGUGAUAUUCAUUGUAUCCAGCAAAUGAACACAAAUGGAACACUUAAACUGCACCUCAAUAGUUUAAACGCAUGCUUCAAAACCUGGCUUAGGUCUAGCCUUGAAUGAUUUUACCAUGAGUUCAUACUUACUUCUCCAGUACUAGGGUAUAGGAGUACUUCUUAUUAAGUACUUCUACAUUAAGUGAACUUUAGGUACCACAAAAACAAACAAGGUAGAGUGAGAAGGGUGGCUCAAUCAUUAAAAUUCCAUGACCUGACAUCCUCAGUUUUGAGGAUAUUAAUAAUGUAAUGAUGAACAGUUUUAAACAAGAUUUGCCUGAAUUUGUCUGAAAAGAUGACAGCAAUGAUGGAGAAAGUAGUACACACAUUGAAUUUAAGUAUCAUUGGUUUUUGUAUUUACUCUAUUAUAUGUAUAAAAAUGUAUUGUUAAUAAUAAUUGUAUAUGGUUUGACGGAAAAGGUUAGAAGAUAUGUAAUUUUCCACAGUUUGUAGAUAAUCUGUCAGAUAAUGUCUGUAUUACUUUAUUUGGUCAGUACUAGGACUGUAUAUUGGAAUACAAUAACAACAUGAAGGAGCUUUGUGUGGCCUCGUUGGUCUUAGGUGAUUGCAGCACUAUUAAGGGUAACAUGAAUUAAAAAAUAAUAAAAGUUAUAGUCAAGUUUA